CUGAUGGUCAUCGGGACUGGAGACGAUUUCCACCCGAUCGGCAAUCGACUGUGGUCCAGCAGAACUGAUUUUCAAAGUGGAACUCGGUGAUUUUUACUUUUUUUUCGUUCCUUCUCGAUUAAUCUUUUUUUCGUUAUAAAUUAAAGAUCGCGCGUGAUUCUUUCAUAAGUUACUUAAUACUCGAUCGAUCCGGGUCGAAUCGAUCUCUUCCACGAACUCUUCGUUGACGUCGAUGAUGACGAGCUUACGAGGAUUCGCGACGUUGACGUUUAUCGCGGCGUUCGCCGUAAUCGCCGCAGUUUCAGUCAGCUUUGAUGAUGCUCUGACUAACAAUUUCGUGCAAGCGAUGCACAAUGAUGAAUUUGCGAUCGUGGUAACGCAUAUCAGACCAAAAAAAUCAGGCACAGUUGAGACGUUAUUGGCAAGCCAAUUUCAAGGAACUAAAACUAAGAUUGUCUUUAUGCUCGAACGGCUUACGAAACGAGUCAUGAUGGAAACAGUGGAACUCGACGAACAUCACAUGGAACAUCUCGUUGUUGAUACCAUGAAUGUUUCGUUGCCUAUAAAAAAUAUUAUUUUUUACGUUCGUCAGCAAGCCUCAUCGCCUCGUAUCGACGUGUACGUUGAUUGUAUCCACGAAGGUUCACUACCACUCAGAGUAGCAUUCCGCGACCUCGCUGUAGACGAUCUCAAAGAUUCAUCGCUCGAAAUAUUCAAAGAGAAAAAGUAUCGGACAAAAGUGUACAAAACAACAAGGCCUGAUGAUGCACUUAGACGGGAGCACUGCCCUUCGGAUACUCUCGAUUUCGAAGAGACGAAUCCCGACCAGACCACCGUGUCCUACACUACGAGAAUAAGGAAGAGAGAAGACUACAGGGGCGAUCAAGGGCCCAUUCCUCCAAUCGUGACUCUCGAUUGCUUGAGCGAAGCCACACUUAGCAAAACCUUGAACGAGUUGAUUACCCUUACGAACCAAAUAUGGCACGAGACCGAACACAAUAGAAGGGAAACGUCUCUGGUCCGCAAACUGUUGGAGGAGUGCAACGCUUGUCGUGCAGAAUGUGCGCCGCGUCCACCACCGCCACCGGUAGCCACAUGUACCGUAAAUUCACCCUGCUUUCCUGGAGCGGAUUGUUACGACACUGCCAGUGGUCCACAUUGCAGAUGUCCUCGAGGCUAUACCGGCGAUGGACGCCGUUGCGAAAGAAUAAAUCCAUGUGAUCCUAAUCCAUGUUUCACCGGUGUAAGAUGUCAAAGCAUGGGAGAAAACUACAGAUGCGCUGAGUGUCCACCUGGUUACACUGGAAACGGCGUGAAAUGUCGUCCACUGACCGCAUGCGAUCGAAGCCCUUGUUUCAAGGACGUGGCAUGUUAUCCGAAACGAGAUUCCCCACAACAAUACACAUGCGGCCGUUGUCCCAGUGGAUAUCACGGUGACGGAGAAAAUUGCAGACCCGUCGAUGAGUGCGAUCUGCAUAAUCCAUGCGGCAAUAACUCCCAAUGCGUGAAUUUGAAUCCAGGAUACAGAUGCGAGGUCUGCCGUCCUGGAUACGCCAUUGCCAUCACCGGCAGCGGUAAAGGGAAGUGCGUCGACAUCAACGAGUGCGAUGACGGCCGGAACGGUGGAUGCGUUCCGAACUCCAACUGCAUCAACAUUCCGGGCUCUUUCACUUGUGGUCCCUGUAGACUCGGCUAUUCCGGAAAUCAGACGGUCGGAUGUCACCUGUCUCAUACCAUUUGUCCCGAUUCAAAAACUAUCUGUGACAAAGAAGCCUCUUGUUUUUGUGAAGUCCAAGAUGUAUACACAUGCAGGUGCAAAGUUGGUUUCGCCGGCAACGGUUUCGUUUGUGGCGUUGAUUCCGAUCUUGAUGGAAUACCUGAUAAGCCAAUUGGUCCUCCGCAUAAUUAUCCGGGAGACAAUUGUCCUUUAUUGCCGAACAGCGGUCAAGAGGACGUCGACGGUGACGGAGUUGGUGACGCGUGCGAUAACGACGCUGAUGAUGAUGGUGUUCUUAAUGAAUCGGACAAUUGUCCUCUCAAGUACAAUCCAAGACAAGAAGACACCGAUCGCGAUGGUCCGGACAGGGUUGGAGACCUUUGUGAUAAUUGUCCAACCGUUUCAAAUCCAAAACAAAGGGACACCGAUGGCGAUGGCGUAGGUGAUGAUUGCGACAACGACAAGGAUAACGAUGGAAUCCUGAAUCACUCGGACAAUUGUCCACUGAUCAAAAAUGAGAACCAAGAGGACAGAGACGGCGAUGAGAUCGGCGACGCCUGUGACAAUUGUCCGGACAUAUCCAAUCCCGAUCAGGCUGAUCAGGAUCGCGACAGAGUCGGUGAUGCUUGUGAUACCGACCGAGACAGAGAUAAAGAUGGAAUCCAAGACGAUGUCGAUAAUUGUCCAGAUCAUCCCAAUUCGAACCAGCGGGAUACCGACGAGGAUGGAUUUGGAGAUGUCUGUGACGAUGACAUUGACGGCGAUUUGAUUCGCAAUAUUUGCGACAAUUGUCCGUAUGUACCGAACAGGGAUCAAGCAAUUCUCAAAGGUGGUCCGUUCGGAGAUGCUUGCGUGGAAGAUUACGACAACGACACGAUUAUCAAUAGAUACGACAAUUGUCCGAACAACAGUCUAGUAUGGACGACGGAUUUCCGUAACCAUGAAAUGAUUCCACUCGAUCCUGAAGGCAGUGCUCAGAUCGAUCCGAUAUGGAAAAUUCAUCACAAUGGUUCCGAAAUGGUUCAAACUGAAAACUGUGAUCCUGGUAUUGCUGUUGGACAAGUCGCAUUCAACGGAGUCGAUUUCGAAGGUACAUUUUACGUCAACACAGAGAUCGAUGACGAUUACGUGGGUUUUGUGUUCGGUUAUCAAAACAUUCGUAAAUUUUACGUGGUCAUGUGGAAGAAAAACAUGCAAACGUAUUGGCGAGCAACACCAUUCCGCGCAACCGCUGAUCCCGGAAUUCAACUGAAGCUCGUCGAUUCGAUAACAGGACCGGGUAAAAUACUGCGAAACAGUCUUUGGAACACCGAGGGUAGAGCUCAACAAGUAAAGUUAUUGUGGAAGGAUCCGAAAAAUGUCGGCUGGAGGGCCAAAGUUUCUUACAGAUGGAAGCUUCUUCAUCGACCCGUAAUCGGACUUAUAAGGCUCUCGAUUUACGAAGGACCGCGUUUGGUCGCGGAUUCCGGCAACGUUUUCGACUCAACGCACAAGGGAGGAAGACUCGGACUCUUUGACUUUUCUCAAGAACAGGUUAUUUGGUCCGAUUUACUCUACAAAUGUACUGAAACUGUUCCCGAGUCCGUAUAUCGUGAAUUACCGAGGGACGUGCAGGGCAAAGUUCAAGUCGAAACAGACAGACGUUAUCCGGUUUACCAGCCAGUACUUCCGAGCGAUUGUUACCUCGCCGUUGAUUCGAUGCAACGGUACCAAUGACGCAGAUGAUUUCGUUAAUCAAAACAAGUAUUCAACUGUUAUUUUUGUUGCAUAAGUUUAUGUUAUAACGUUGAACGGUGAAGUAUCUGUUCAUAUAAAUUUCACCCAUAACUGGAUCACUGUCAAAGAUCGUGAAAAAGCCAUGUUUAUUAAUUCGACUGGAUAAAUAUAAAUUAUACGAUUAUAA